CACUGACUAAGCCUAGACAGCUAGGCACCAUAAUUUUGAGCAUAUUACUUAACAUAUGCCUCUAAUUGUCUUCUUGUCAGUGGAACACGUUUCAGCUAUCUUACAUUGCCAAAGUUCAUAUUUCGGCUUCGAUCUUCCACUAUUAAAUAGAGAUCAGAGUACUGAUUAAUUUUAUGUAGCAAAAAACUGAGUUAAGGCUGUGUUUGCUUCAACUUGUCAAAUUGAACGAUUAAUCAAUCGAUAUUUCAGCUGUCUCACAUGCAUCAAGCUAGUCAAGAAUAUCCCAAUCCAGUCCAGGAAUUAUGUGAAGCUAAUAAUUUGGCAGUAGAAAACAAGUCUCCAAGGAUGACUCUCCUUGCUAGCAUUGGUUACCAUGAGUAUUUCUCACCAGAGAUGUGGAGAGGAGCACUUACUGAGUUAGUAGCAACUGCAACCCUUAUGUUCACUCUUACCACCUCCAUCGUCGCCUGCUUGGACUCCCACGAGCCGGACCCUAAGCUCAUGGUCCCAUUCAUCGUCUUCAUCAUCGCCUUCCUCUUCCUCAUGGUCACAGUCCCUCUUUCCGGAGGCCACAUGAGCCCGGUCUUUACUUUCAUCGCUGUACUCAAGGGUGUCAUAACUUUUGCUCGCGCCUCCAUCUACAUCUUGGCACAAUGUGUUGGAUCAAUCAUAGGGUUUCUAAUAGUAAGGAGUGUUAUGAGCCAUAAUGCAGCACAGAAGUACUCCUUAGGGGGCUGCACCAUCGGCAGCCAUGUAUCAUCACCAGGGAUAAGCCCGGAAACUGCAUUCGUUGUAGAGUUCUCGUGCACAUUUGUAGUACUUUUCGUUGGCGUAACAGUGGCUUUCGACAAGAGAAGGUGCAAAGAACUUGGCAUAGCCAUGGUUUGUGCUGUGGUGGCAGGGGCUAUGGCAAUUGCAGUGUUUGUGUCCAUAACAGUAACCGGGCGGGCUGGCUAUGCAGGCGUGGGUCUAAACCCGGCUCGGUGUCUAGGCCCAGCUUUGUUGCAAGGAGGCAUAUUGUGGCAUGGGCAUUGGGUAUUCUGGGUUGGACCAUUUCUUGCUUGCAUUGUUUACUAUGGUUUUUCUGUGAAUUUACCAAGAGAAGGUUUAGCGUGGGUUGAUGGAGAGUAUGACUUCCUAAAGUUGGCCGGGGCUUGUCUGGUAAAUGGAAGCCCAAUUUCUCCUCAGAACAGAGCUAUGCCUAAAGUCUAACACAUGUUACAAACAAUUCUACAUAAAUUUUAUUAAUAGGCCAGUGCCUAGCGGUACUAGACCCUACUUCUUAAAUGGAUGUUAGGGGUUCAAGUCUCAGUAGAACCCUACUUCUUAAAUGGAUGUUAGGAGUUCAAGUCUCAGUAGAGGUACGUGUGUGUGAGUACUAAGUAAGAAAAAAAACAUUCUACAUAAAUUUUUAUUUGCAGAGAGAGUAAUUGCUACUGUCAUAGUAUAUGAAAAGUAAAAUAAAAAAAUAAAA